ACACAGCUAAACACCAGAAUGUCGUCGCCAUUCCCAUCGGAUAACGCGGGCAGCGGCCCCAGUCGCCCGACCUUCUUGGACGACCAGCGCUGCGGCAGCUGCGGCAAGAUCAUCCAAGGCGAGUUUGUCAAGCUCGGCAAGAAGGCCUUCCACGAAACCUGCGUCAAGUGCGCCAAGUGCACAAAGCAGCUCACAAUGAGCGAAGCAUUCGUCAAGAAAGACAAGGCAUUCUGCGAAGAGUGCAAAAAUAGCGCAAAAGGCGGCUGCGUGAUUGCUUGAAGAGUGACUCUGUGCUGUUUACUGUACUUUGGCUUUUGUGAAGACGAAAAUCCGAAUGAUAUCAAAGACGA